AUACGGAGUAUUUAAUUUAUAAACAGUUUCCCAAGCACUGGUACGAAAAUGGGUUCUCAUCAGGAUUCCCAACCCUCCUCUCUACCCAACCACCUCCACCACCACCCGCCGCCGCAGUCCCAUUUCCAGGACCCCCAGCACCGCCGCUCCCCCGGCCACCCCAUCAUGGCCUGCCCGCCCCAUCAUCCCAACUACAACGCAGCCGCCGCCAUUAUGCAGCAGCAGCAGCAGCAGCAGGGCGUACGGCUCCCCUUCAAUUCCUCGGUCGGGUCGGGUAUGGCUCCGAAGCCUCCGGAUUACUCCGACGGCGGCGGCUCUUCUCCUCCUAGGGCUUCUUCCUCUCCCGGCUUCCCCGUUGAGCCCGUCAAGAAAAAGAGAGGCCGGCCCAGAAAGUUCUCUCCCGAGAGUAGCAUUGCACUGGGCCUUUCGCCUGCCCCUGUUCACUCUGUUGUCGGCCAUUCCGAUUCCGGCGCCGGCAUUGGUACUUCGUCGGAAAACCAGACCAAAAAAUUUAAAGGGAGGCCUCCGGGUUCCGUGAAGAAACAGAAACAAGAUCCUCUAGGGUCGGCCGGAGUUAGUUUCACCCCCCAUGUUCUCACAGUAAAUGCAGGAGAGGAUAUAUCUCAAAAGAUAAUGGCGUUCUCCCAGCAAGGCCCAAGAACAGUUUGUGUCUUGUCUGCAAAUGGGACUAUUUGUAACGUCACCCUUCGCCAACCCGCAUCAUGUGGCGGUACUGUCACUCUAGAGGGCCGAUUUGAAAUCAUCUCGUUAUCGGGUUCGUUCAUGCUAUCCGAAUCUGAAACCAACGCUGCCCGAAGCAGGUCGGGCGGGUUGAGUGUGUCACUGGCUGGGGCAGACGGGCGAGUGAUGGGCGGGGGCGUUUCGGGAAUGCUGAUCGCGGCUUCACCGGUCCAGGUGGUCGUGUGCAGCUUCAUUACCAACGGUGGCAAUAAAGGGCCCACAAGUAAGGCGGCAUCUCCAACCCCGCCGCCGUUAGAUUUUGGUGGGCCAGGCGCCAACAGCCCUCCAUCUGAAGGUGGCUCGAGCGAGUCCGAGGAAGAAGAAAUUGCCGGGAGUCCUACGAAUCGUCGUGGGCCCACGCCCUACGGGCACCCUGCGCCAAUGUACGUCAACAUGGGGUGGCCCAAUUCAAUGUAAACUGCCCUCCUAUGUCUACAUAUACCUUUCCAUUCAUCUUUAACUGAUCACCGUGACUUUACUGAUACAUUAAAAAAAGAAUGUAUGUAGACACCGUGUAUGUCUAUAUUCGUUCGACUUUUGAUGUAUCGCAAAAGUCAUAUAAUGUCAGUUACAUUGGGAAUGGAGAGGUAUAUUAUGACCUUGUUAUUGAGAUAUCUCUAGUUUUUUGUUCACUUGUCUUUGUACUUGUGUAUGUGAUGCCUUAUUCAGUGGAGUUAUACUUGUAACGGAUGCGGAGAAAAACAAGGACAUGUGAAAGCUUUUAACUAUCUUGUGCAAAGGCAUUUGCUUUGA